ACUUCCUUUAUACCGCUCUGUCCUCACGGAGAGUAGGGUGUGUUUCUGAAACACAUACUGUUAAAAAUACUGAAGAAAGUGUAAAAAGCUGCUGUAUGUCUAAAAAUGAUUGUUCUUAGCUAUUCGACGUCCUUCAUCUGCGCCGUGUUCUUCAUCACAGAAGCUGUUUCAGGUGAAGAUAAAGCAGUGGGUUCGUCUGUUUCAUUUCGUCCAGACAAAAUGGUAUCUCCUGUCAGCAGCAUUAUAUGGAAACACAGAAACCGCACUGGAGUUGUUGUAAAAGCGAUUGAGUGGGAUAAAGAGGAGCCUGAGGUUAACAUCCCGCAUCCGAGAUUCAAAGGCAUCACAUCUCUUGAUGAGAAGACUGGACAGAUCACUAUAACUAAGUUAACUGUUGAACACAGUGGACUAUAUACCAUUGACAUCAACAGUAAAGAACAGGAACAAAAAUUCACCUUGAAUGUUAUAGAGCCGGUCCCCAAACCUAAGAUAACUAAAGAGGAGAGCACUAACGCUGAUGGUGUGCCUUUGAAAUGUGACUACAGUGGGGAAAUCAUCUGGAAGAAUUCUACAGGACAAACAGUGGAGGACAAGAAGAAUGAGAUAACAGUCAAAAACACAGGAAAUCCAGAAAACUUCUACACCUGCACACUCAAGAACACUGUGAGUGAAGAGACCAGUGAUCGAGUCUAUGAGAGAGAAUUAUUUGUGACAGGUGCAGGACCUAUCACUGGGAUAUUGAUUUGUAUCAUCCUCCUCCUCCUCCUCAUCAUCAUCUUGAUUUGCAUCUAUUUACUCAAAAAGUCCAUUUACGACCGUGUUAAUGCACGCUGUCCACGUAUAGAAAGUGUGUUAGGAUACGUGGAUUGUUGCAAAACGAAGAGAGAGCAGUAUAUUAUAACAUCAAGAGGUGACGAGAUGAAAAAUGAGGCAGUCAGCCAAGGUGACGAUAUGAAAAAUGAGGCAGUCAGCCAAGGUGACGAGAUGAAAAAUGAGGCAGUCAGCCAAGACCAGAAAGAUGACUAUGUGAAUGUUUCAGAUGCUACACAAAGUCAAAAUCAGUGAUGAAAAUAACAGCUCUGCUUCUCUAAAAAUGUCAGCAGAGUUUGGACAAGAAAUGAUAAAGCAGCAACAGGAGGAUACUCUUCUUACUGGCUUACAAAAUAUAUUAUACAAAGACAAUAUGUCUUUCAAAAAUGCAGUGAGCAUCAUAUAAUUGAAAUCAUUAUUUAUUCAUUUGAUUAAAUAUGGCUGGUUUUAAAGUUUUUAAAACCAUUUGCAUAUUUUUAUAAAUUGGCCUCAGUUAAAUUGCUACAGUGUUCACCCUGCAGAUGAUUUUUGUUUUUCCUCCCAAACUAAUUGUCCACAUUGUUAUUUGCAAAACACUUGGACUUAUUUGUCAUGUGUGACUUUUUUUUAGCUAUCUCUAUUGUUUUUUUUUUUUUUAAGUGAUGACAUAUUCUUGGCAUUGCAUUUAGACCAAAUCCUUGACAAAGAGAGGACUGCCUGAAACAAGCUGGAGAACUAUGUGUUAAGGUAAUAAUGAUGAGGCAUCUGUCUGCCACUUUUGAGAGCAGCAGCUUCCGUACUAUAUUGUACAUGGAAAAACAGUAUGUAAGCCAUGUAGUAUGUCUGAGUUCAUAUUAUCCACAAAAUAGUAGGCAAGAAGUACCCGGAUGACUUAUUACAGCAAAAUCUGAAAUGCGCAUCUGAUAAAUGAUUUACCAUCCCAUGAGGCAUAUACUGACAACGCACUUCAAAUGUCAGAAGUAGAACAUCUGAAUAUCAUUCAAACUAUGUACAACAUACUUUUUUUUAGCUGUGAAGUACAUUGAAAGCCAUAUUUAGUACCUAGUAUAAUCGCACGAUUUUGUAAGCAGUGAAAGAAAAACGGCAGGACGACAUCCAUCACACCAUACUACUAAUUGAAUGUAUUAAAAGACAACUGUAUGUAAUCUGCCAGUGUGAACAUAGUCAAAGAUCAGCAGAGGUGACAUCAUUAUUAAUUGUAAUGAUUCUUACAGCCUACAUGGGACUGUUUGUUACUGAAUGCAAAUGAGGCUGUAUUACAUAUCUUUUUUGCAAGAUGUUGCCAUUAUAUAGAUUGCACUAGCUAUUUUCACUUACACCUUGUCUUAAUUGGUAGUGUGCAUUGUCGCAUACCAUUUGUUCUGGUGUCAAAAAUCUUAGUGAGAAAUUGACGGUUUUUCAAAUCAAUGUAAAAUGGGGCAUCCAAAUAAGUGUAUUACUGUUUGUACCAAGUAAAAAUAGAAACAAGUAGCACUUAGUGCAGACAGUAGUGUUGUCAAAAGUACCGAACGUGACACCAUUCGGUACUGAAAUUUAAAAAAACGUCAAUUUCUCACGAAGAUUUAAGUGUUGUAUAUCUGUUGAGUGUGUGGACACAAUGACCAAUCAGCACGGUUUAAGAAUCUGCUCAACAACACCGCUAUCUUAGCAGGACAUUUUUAAAAGGCCUUUUUUUUUUUUUUCAUGGUCAGAACUUUUGACAAUCCUAGCAGUGAUGUGUGAAUAGAGAUAGAAUGGUGCUGUUUGUUAAAGAGAUAAAAACUGAGCACUGGAGAGUGGAGUUGGUAAAAAUUGUUUAUGCUUUUGUUCUUGAGGAAGGACCUGUCCUUUACUACUGAUAAAUACAAUGAUCAAAUAAUAAUAAUAAUAAUAAUAAAAAUUGAUCCAAAUCGUUAAAUGGUUAUAAUGUUUUUUUUUUGUUUUGUUUUGUUUUUUUUUUUAUGUGGGAAAAAAAUUGCAUACAAUGGUAAACCUUGCUGAUGGGUUUAUUGUUUUGAAAUCUUUACUUGUUCUUCCAGACUAUAACUAUUCAUUUUUUUUCUACUUUGACAAAACAUGAAAAAAAAAAAAAAAAAAAAAAAAG